AUGGAAAUAACCCACUCAUUAACCUCGAUGAGACUUCGUCUUGCUCUCGCCUGCUUGGCCAUAUCUACACUAGUGACUGGACAUGAUGAUGUAGAACUAUUCGGCAAAAGUGCUCAACCGAUCGAAGUAAAUCUUGUAGAUACCCGAAACAUUCUACGGACACGCCUUGAAGAAUGUAUAAGCGGUUGGGAGUCUGAAAUCACAAUAAGAGAUGAGCUUUCAGUGUUUCAAUACUGGGAUUUGGCCCAUCGAAUAGCCAGAAAAUGGCAUCCUGAAAGCAUGGGCUGUUUAGGAGAUCUCCAGCCACUUCUGCGAAAAUACAAAAGAAUCCUUCUGAUUGCGGAAAAACGAAAAGAUGACGGAGAAGGAACGAAAAUCGGUUUGAAUACGUUUCUGAACCGUGGCCAAAUCCAAGAAUUACAGCACAUGCAUGAGUAUGGCAACAGUGACGCGGUAGAAGAAGCA